CUUCAAUUUUUGGUAUAUUGGAAUCAAAAUGUGGCCUAAGGAACCAUGCAUGAAAGAGGCAUGGGUCUCUUUCUUUCAUUGUCAUAUUUCCUUAUGUUGUUUGAUGGGAAUAAAGUUUCUUCCUCCAUACCCAUCUCCUAAAAAUAGUGACAAGCAUGCUAGAUUAAGUUUCCAUUUUAUACUUUUUCUUUUUCUCUUUGGUUCUGAUGACACAAGAUUUUUGGUGAAUGAGAUUAUGGAAAGCAUUGAUAUUUAGUUUCUUUUCUUAUUUUGAACAUCAUCAUCACACAGUGUGAAGAAGAAACAACCACACUCAUAUCUGAGAGAAGUGAACUGUUGAAAGUUUCAAAACAACUUCUUUAUCAGUUAACGUCACUGUUAAUUCUUCAAGUACUUGUCUAUUGUAGCUGAUCCAUGGAAGCUCCAAUUUCAAUGGGGACUCCAAGAGGAAGAGCAAGUGGAAGAGGAAGAGGAGGAGGAGUUCUUCUUCUUCUUCCAUGUUCUGUUGCAUUUUUCUUGUUUUUUAGCACUGCAACUGCUUUGCUUUCUCCCAAAGGAGUAAACUUUGAAGUUCAAGCUUUAAUGGGAAUAAAGAACUCACUGGUGGAUCUUCAUGGUGUUUUGGAUAAUUGGGAUUCUGAUGCUGUUGAUCCUUGUAGCUGGACUAUGAUUACUUGUUCUGCAGAGAACUUGGUGAUUGGAUUGGGUACUCCAAGUCAAUUUUUAUCUGGUACUCUUUCUCCAACCAUAGGAAACUUAACCAACCUUCGGAUUGUGAUGCUUCAGAAUAACAACAUAACUGGACCAAUCCCUUCAGAGUUGGGAAAACUACCUAAGCUUCAAACUCUUGAUCUCUCUAAUAACUUCUUCAGUGGUGAAAUUCCCCCCUCACUUGGUCACUUGAGAAGUUUGCAAUACAUGAGGCUCAAUAAUAACAGUCUUCAUGGUGAAUUGCCAGAAUCAUUGGCUAAUAUGACACAGCUUGCUUUUCUUGACUUGUCCUACAACAACAUCAGUGGCCCUAUACCAAGAAUUUUAGCUAAAUCCUUCAACAUUGUUGGAAAUCCCUUUGUUUGUGCAACUGGAAAAGAACCAAACUGCCAUGGCAUGCUCAUGCCAAUGUCCAUGAACUUAAAUGACACUGAAGGUGAUGAGGGAGGAUAUAGUAGAGGAGCAAGAGCUGCUUUUGGCAAGAAUCCAAGUGGAGCACCUUAUUAUGUUGGAAUAAGUGAUCUAUCUAUAGGAAGAAGUAGAAGAAGAAGAGGAGGAGUUCGGCAUCCACCUCCACCUCCUCCUCCUAGUGCUGUUGGCUCCUCCUCCUACAAAAGCUUGCAUAAACUCCUUCUUCUCUGUUAUUUAGUAUUAACAUUGUAAUUAGAAAAUUUGAUAUAUAUGAGUAAGAGAAGAGCUUGGGAGGAGUAAUCAAAUCCUAUGUAUAUACUUUUGUUAGUACUAUAUAUAUACACUCUUUGUUAUAUUCAUUUAAUUAUUCUCUCGUUUA